UAGCAGGAACUGCAGAUGCUGGAGAAUCUGAGAUAACAAGGUGUGGAGCUGGAUGAACACAGCAGGCCAAGCAGCAUCAGAGGAGCAGGAAGUCUGACAUUUCGGGCCUAGACCCUUGGUGUGAAAAAUCACGUGAAAUGAACAUGUAGGCUAAAGACAAAGCUCCAAACGUGAACCCGAACCAUGCCACUGGGCUGAUCCUUCAAAUAAUCUGAAUUUGAAACUUAUGAAAUAGGAAUCGCAACAACAAAUCCCUAAUCCAUAGAAAUCAGUGUGUCUCAAUAACAGUAGUUGGUGGGAUCUCACUUUGAGCUUUUCGAUGGCAAAAAGUCUGCUGAUUACUUAUGUCCUUUGGUCAUGUGGUGGACUUUUUGGUCUCCAUCACAUCUACCUUGGAAGAGACAAUCAUGCCUUACUGUGGAUGAUGACUUUUGGUGGAUUUGGAGUUGGGUGGAUAAGGGAAAUUUGGCGACUGCCAAAGUAUGUGCAAAAUGCAAACAUUCACCACGGCAAAAUCAAAAGAAAAAGACACCCACAGCCAUCAAUGAGCAUCGUCCGUGUCAUUGGCCAAAUUGCAGUUGGAGUUUAUUUUGGUUUUGUUGCUCUUAUAAGUCUAUCAUCAUUAACUGGUUUCUACAUCAUGGCGUUGCCACUUGCAAUAACAUUGGGCGUUCACCUCGUAGCCAGUGUUGGUGAAGAAACUUCCAACAUAAAGACAACAAUGAUGGCUUCAUUCAUCACGUCUCCUAUAUUCUAUGGAAGACCCAUUGCGACAAUACCAAUUAGUAUCGUUGCUAGUAUUACCUCUACGCAACACCGCCGUUACAAGCCUCUAAGUCACACAGAAGACAACCUGAGCAUGCGACUCUACAGACUCGGUCUAGCUUGGCUGGCUUUCACAAUGCCAAUUUCUUACUGUGCGUUCCACAAUACUACAGUUACAGCUUUAUACGUCACAGAUACCAUCAGCCUUAUUCUAGAUUCAGUCCAAAUAUUCCCAAUCCUUGGUGAUCUUCUUGAGUCUGCACUCCUCCUCCCAUACCAUACUUGGAAGCUGUUUACUGGUGGGAUCAGGUUAAGUUAUGGAUAUAAUUCGGAGUGGGAAAAGCUAUUUUCAUCCUUCUCUGCCAUACAGGCUGAAAGAAAAAGGUUGGCAUAUGAGGUGUUGGGAUUACAUGAGGAAGCAACUUUGGAAGAGAUCAACAAAAGUUACAGAGAGUUGGUGAAACACUGGCAUCCUGACCACAACAGACACAAUUUAGAUGAAGCAGAGCGACAAUUUCUUGAGAUCCAAGCAGCAUAUGAAGUACUUACAAAAAACAAGCAACGAGAGACAUAUUAAAGCUGCAGCAACAUCCACAAAGUAUCAGUGCAAACUGGUCUUAAAACUUCUGAUUGUUGUAAAUGUAGUACAAGUUUGCUAAAAUUGUGCACCCUAUUUUUGUUAUUAAUAAUUGUGACUUGUUGUGCUUUUAUGUCAUUUAUAUUACAGCCCCCUUUUGAGGUUUGCAUGGGGUUUAAAUCACGAUAGUUAGAUGAAUGUUAUAAUGCAGGGUUCUUAUUUAUAGUUGUACAGAUUUAGUUCAUUUAUCAGGCACUAUUAAGUUGGCGGACCGAGACAUUUCCUCUCCCAAACAGGGGAUUCACCUUGCCAAUUAAUAUCAGUCUGACAGGAACUUCUGCUUUGAAGCCUGGACCAAUUCUGAAGAUAAGCAGUACGCAGGACUGAACACAAGAACUGAAGAGAAGAAAUAAUACGUUUAAUACAUCUUUAAAUCUUAAAUUUAAAGAUGGCAUCCUUUUUUAUUACAGUUUACGUAUAGUGACAUUUUUAAUUGUAAGCUGAUUUUUUCGGCUCCCCAUUAAUACCAGAAUGAUUUACAUUUAUAGUGUCUUACUGUCUCAGCCGUGGCUUUGUUAGAGAUGUUGUCUUUCAGAUGAGAUGUUAAACCAACCUACCAUCUGCUUUCUCAGGCCAUUGUAAGAUUCCUGACCAAUAUUAAACCAUCAAAUAACAUCAUUAAAACAGAUUUUUUCCAUUAUUACACAUUGCUGCUUGUUGGAACUUGCUGAUCAUGGGUUAGCUGCUGCAUUUCCUAAAUGUCAACACUGAUGUUAUAGAGCAGACCAAAUCCCCUCGAAAUUAUUAAGAAAAUAGCCUAGACCGUAACUUUUUCUUAUUUUAAAGGUAAUUGUGAGGCAUGGCAUUCCAGGUGCAAUUUGAUUGGUCAAACUACUUGAUUUUAAGCAAAACACACCCCUGUCUCAACCUUUCUUCAUAAGGGAAAAACAGGACAAGAGACACCUCUUAAAAGCAUAGUAUUGUCACAUCUCAAUGAUCAAUAUACAAAGAUGGUUUCAUUUUAAAAAACCUUUAGCCUUACAAUAUUAAUACAAUACAAUGCAUAUAUGUUACAUUGAGUUUAAGCAUACAAAAGUUCAUUAUUACAGUCCAUUUCAGCCCAUUUUUUUCCUGUCACCAAACACCUCUGUCUUCCUUCAGCAAUGUCACAAUAAUGUGUUGGUAAUUAUGUUCUCUCGUCUUGCCACAUGUAUAAUUUUCAAAUUGAACAGCUGCAAUCAUAAGCUCCAUCUAAACAUUUUUAUCCUUAAUUUUUUCCAAACAAAGUUAUGAUCCGUAUAUACAAUUGUCUCAGACACAUUACUGGCAAUAUAAAUGAUGAAAUGUUGCAACGCUAACAUUAAUCUCAAAGUCUCUUUGUCAAU